CUUCCCGCGGAGCUAAGAUGGCGGCCGCCGCGGAGCGCGUGCCUGGCGGGGCGCCGGCGGGAUACACGGCGCUGGCGGUGAAGUUCGGGCCGCGGCAGCGCUCGCCCCACUGCCUCCUGGUAAAGGAGCACCGGGUGCGGGAAGGGGCCGGCGCCGCGCACCCGCCUCGCCGCACCCUCUUCGUGCUCAACGUGCCCCCGUACUGCGGCCGGGAAUCUUUGUCUAAGCUGUUCUUUAGUUGUGGGCCUGUUCAGUCUGUGGACAUCCGUGAUAAGCCAGAAAUAGGAGAGAAAACAGAAGAACUCAAGUCCAAAUUCUUCAACCGCCAAACCGCAAAGGGUUUCCGAGUAGCAUAUGUGGUGUUCAGGAGCCCAGCUGGUGUCCAGGCGGCCAAAGCCCUGUCACAGAGAGGUCCCUUGCUGAUAUCAACAGAGAGUCAUCCUGUGAAAACUGGUAUUAGCAAGUGGAUCGCCAGCUAUGCAGCUUCAGUGGUGGAUCGUGAAGAACUGAAGGCUGAGGUGGAUGCCUUCAUGCAAGACUAUGACAAACAGAUAGCAGAGGAAGAAGCCAAAGCAGCAGCGGAGGAAGGUGUUCCAGAUGAGGAGGGCUGGGUGAAGGUAACACGGAAGGGCCGGAAGCCUGGCCUGCCCAGGACAGAGGCUGCCAACCUGCGCGUGCUAGAGAGGGAGAGGCGGAAAAGGGCCCGCAAAGAGUUGCUCAACUUUUAUGCCUGGCAACAUCGUGAGACCAAGAGAGAGCACAUUGCCCAGCUGAGGAAGAAGUUUGAGGAGGACAAGCAGAGAAUCGCGCUGAUGCGAGCCCAGCGCAAGUUUCGGCCAUACUAAACCGUGUCAGACCAUUUCCUCAGCUGUCUGUGUUGGGAGAGGGAGGGACAGGCGUACGGACUCCAUGUGCCAAAGGGUUUCAAGGAACUGAGGCAGUUUCAGGUUGUCUCUGCCAUUGCAUCUGAGAUGGGAAGUCCGAGCACCCCCAGCUGAGGGAGCUGAGGCUUCAUUCACACUUAUAUCUGUUCUCCUGGCCGUACCUGCACUGCUGUUGUCCAGCCCUGAGGCACCACUUCCAGAAUACAUAGGCCAGAAGGGACUGAAGCCGUCCUUGUGACAAACUAUCUUCCUGCUACCUAAGAUCCUCCAGAAUUCAUGUAGCACAGCCUCUGCAGGGACAGGGAAUGACUGAAGAACUGUAAAUAAACUGCUGUUAUGAUCCCAAA